CCAAAUAGCUAGCUUUAAUGGAGACCGGAGAAACGUAUUUAGCUGGGAAACAAAAACUAAGGAAGGCACUGUUGGUCGGUCCCACUGACGAAGUAGUAGUAAAACACAAAAACCGCUCAGAAAAGCUUUUACCUUUGCUGCCCCCAUACACAGGCCUCGAUCUUCCCUCUGCCUCUCUCUCCGCCGUCAAGAACAGCUCGAUUAAAAAGACUGAAGAAUUCAUGGGUGGCAAAAACUCAAAGCGGUCAUCUGCUGCUUCAGGCCGGUAUGCAUCAUAUAGCACCGGUUCUUAUUCGGGCCAUUAUGGAUAUUCACAACCGUAUCCUCAGCCUACCUACAGUUAUGCAUCACCUCCUCCUAACCAAACCUGUGGCGGCCCACCUCCUGAAUCAAGGAAACGUUUGGAAAGGAAAUUUUCAAAAAUUGAAGAUAACUACCACACCUUAGAUCAGGUCACAGAUGCCCUUGCACGUGCUGGUUUAGAGUCAUCAAACUUAAUUGUUGGCAUUGAUUUCACCAAGAGCAACGAGUGGACAGGUGCGAGGUCAUUCCACCGAAAGAGUUUGCAUCACAUUGGGAAUGAGCAAAAUCCUUAUGAACAAGCAAUAUCUAUCAUUGGUAGAACAUUGUCAAAAUUUGACGAGGAUAACUUAAUUCCAUGUUUUGGAUUUGGAGAUGCCUCCACACAUGACCAAGAAGUUUUCAGUUUCUUCUCGGAUGAAAGGUUUUGCAAUGGAUUUGAAGAAGUAUUGAGCAGAUAUAGAGAAUUAGUCCCUCAGUUACGACUUGCCGGGCCGACAUCUUUUGCGCCUAUUAUCGAAAUGGCGAUCACCAUUGUUGAACAAAGUGGUGGACAGUACCAUGUCUUACUGAUUAUCGCUGAUGGGCAGGUGACGAGAAGUGUAGAUACGGGAUGUGGUCAAUUAAGCCCUCAAGAAAUGAGAACUGUUGAAGCAAUUGUGAGAGCAAGUCAGUAUCCUUUGUCAAUUAUAUUGGUUGGAGUUGGUGACGGACCAUGGGACAUGAUGAGGGAAUUCGACGACAAUAUUCCUGCACGAGCCUUUGACAAUUUCCAAUUUGUUAAUUUCACAGAAAUAAUGGCAAAAAAUUUGGAUAGAACCAGAAAAGAAGCGGAGUUUGCCCUUUCGGCAUUGAUGGAAAUUCCCUCUCAGUAUAGAGCUACGCUGGAACUCAAUAUAUUGGGUGCAAGCCGUGGGAAGGAAAUAGACAGGGUUGCUCUCCCUCCUCCUCGUUAUGGCUCAAACUCUCUUAACACAUCAAAACCUUCACAAAUAAGUUGCGGUUUUGGUCCGAGUGCACCUUCAUAUGCUAGACAUGGUUCCUCUGUUUCCACAAGUCAACCUGCAAGUUCUUCUGACAACCAUCUUUGCCCAAUCUGCAUUACCAAUAAAAAAGAUAUGGCUUUUGGCUGUGGACAUCAGACUUGCUGCGAAUGUGGACAAAGCCUUCAAUCAUGCCCGAUUUGUCGGGACACCAUCAACACAAGGAUAAAGCUUUACUGAUUUAUUUGCAGUCAUCUUUAUGCUUUGCCGAACAAUGCUCUUUAUGACAAUGUCUUUAAGCCAUAGCUCUGCCCUCCUCACUGUAGAUAACCAUUUUCUGUUAUUGAUUUAUUCAGUUGAAUCUAUCUACCCCUGUUUCUUACUACUGCAAUAAUAGAGCCAUUUCAGCGUUCUUUUUAGGCCUGUCAAUAUUUUCUUAAUACAUUAGGCUUUGUGUAUGAACCUUAUUGGCAGGAUGUACAGUACAGCACCUUUUAUUUGAUGAAUUUUCAUGAACAAAGUUUCUGAUUUUCAAUUGGCUGGAUUUUGAUGUUUGCUUUUUGCUUCCAUUUGUGUUUC